AGAUUUGCAAGUUCCCUGCCUUGACAGUAAUCAUCAUGGAUAGUGUGUUCUUAACAGAGGACAAAGCCAAUUCUGUGUUAAAAAGAUACCCGAGAGCCAACACGUUUUUGGAAGAAUUAAAGCAAGGUGACAUAGAACAUGAAUGCAGAGAAGAAAUCUGUAGCUAUGAAGAAGCAAGAGAAGCAUUUGAAAAUGAGGAAAAAACGAAGGAGUUCUGGAAAGUCUACAAAAAUGGACUUCAGGGAGAAAGUAACACAGGACAUACCUGGUAUUCAUUUUACCUUGCAUUUCCAUUAAUCAUUGGCCUUUUUGUUAUCCUCAUUGUCAUUUUUGUCAUCUGGAGAUGCCUGUUUAAAAAGAAAAUGCGUAGCCAGUCGGUGUACGUGCAUAGGGGAGCCCACGAAGCAAUGGGUGAUGGUGCUGUGGCUGACGGCAGAGGUCCACUUCCGCCGCCUCUCAGCAUUGUUCAUUCCCCACAGGAGGAAAUGUAUGAAGUCAGUGGGCUCUCUCCAGGAGGUCUGAGCUAUACGGAUGGACGGUCAGACUCAAUAUCUACAAGGCUCUCAAACUGUGAUCCUCCUCCUUCAUAUGAGGAAGCCACUGGUGAAAUCAGUAUGAGAAGAAGUGAAACUGAACAACAUUUAGAUCCACCCCCGCAAUACGAAGACAUUGUGAAUUCCGGUUCAACCAGUGCAAUUGCACUAUCUCCUGUUGUCACCAGUGCUAAGUAAAGCAAGAAGAAUGCGAUGGA